GUGGCCGUCGCCGCGUGCACAUGGCCUUUGUUUUUGUACAAGAAACGUUAAAACUGUUACAAAAAUGGGCGGCCAGGGCAAAACAAUAAAUCGCAAACGCAAAUUUGUGGGCCGCAAAGCGGACGAUCCGGAAUUCGAUUUGGACAAGAAGCACUUCAAGGUGCUCCAUUUGAAUGCCAGCGAGAAACGCUUGAUUAUCGUACUCGAGGGCGCGCAGCUGGAGACAGUGAAGGUGCACAACACAUUCGAGCUGCUCAACUGUGACGACCAUGCGGGCAUAAUGCGCAAAAAUCAACGAGAUCCGGGCAGCUGCCGCCCGGACAUCACACACCAAUGCCUGCUGAUGCUGUUCGACUCGCCGCUGAAUCGGGCCGGCUUGCUGCAGGUGUUUGUUCGCACCGAGCACAAUGUGCUGAUUGAGAUCAAUCCACAGACACGGAUACCGCGCACAUUUAAGCGUUUUGCCGGCCUGAUGGUCCAGCUGCUGCACAAGUUUCAAAUACGCGCCAGCGAUUCGUCGCGCCGCCUGAUGAGCGUCAUCAAGAAUCCCAUUACGGAUCAUUUGCCCGUGGGCUGUAAAAAGUAUGCAAUGUCCUUCACCGGCAAGCUGGUUAGCAAUUGCCGCGAACUGGUGCCGCACGGCCCGGAGGGCAGCGAUGCCUACGAUCAGCCCGUCGUCAUGGUCAUUGGCGCCUUCGCCCACGGCGCACUCAAGACGGACUACACCGAGGAGCUGUUCUCCAUUAGCAACUAUCCACUGUCAGCGGCCAUUGCCUGCUCCAAGCUCUGCACCGCCUUCGAGGAGGUCUGGGGCGUUGUCUAAUAGUUCUAAGCCCAAGUACACCUAGCUUUCAUUUGUUUUUGACUAGAUAAUACUUAGAUACUAUAUUAAGGAUUGGAAUUAUGCAUAAAUAUAAACAGAGCAAAGGCA